CUUAGGUUUGACCAAUAAGUUAGCACACUUUUAAUGUUCCUGAAUUUGCAUGGAAAUGUGCAGUAGUUUGAGGAGGGGUAAAGUAAACCCUGAAAAGACAUGUAUCUCCUCCAAUUAGCAUAUAUGUUCAUUCUUGUAUUAUCCCUCAAACCAGGGGCUGAUUUUUCUUACUAUCUGGCCAGGUCAGUGAGCAGCUGAUGUUAUACCAGCAUGUAGACUGGGAAAACACAGGCUGGACUGCAGAAGACUCUUUCAUGUUCACAGUGUCCUCCCCACCAGCAGCUCUAGGCUCUGAGGAGUUUCCUAUAACUAUUUCAUAUGAAAUUAAUGAACCUGGUCGGCAGAGUCGUUUGCUUGCAAAUACAGGAGCUGUUGUCAAGGGAGGAGACAAAGUUCUCAUUGGCCAAUCUAAGUUGGAUGCUUCCAACCUCUUAUUUAAAUUGCCCAAAUCUCAGCGUUCUUCAUAUGAAAUUUGGUUCCAAGUUACAUCUCUUCCUCACCAUGGAACUAUUAUGGUUGGGGAGAGAAAUAUUACCAAAAGCAAACCCAAUUUCUCUCAGUAUGUAAUUAAUAAACUUGGACUCACAUACCUUCACGAUGACUCUGAAUCACUAGCUGAUAAUUUUACCUUCGCCGUUUGGCCCAACCCAAAGAGCAAGUCCACCACUAAGCCAGAGGCUGACUUUCUUGAAGAGAUGUUUAACAUCACCGUCACUCCUAUAAAUGACCAGGCACCAGAAUUAAAGACAAAAGGGCUUUGGUUGAAAGUUCUGCAGGGCAAUAGGUUGGUUUUAGGACCUGAAAACCUAAAAGUGGAAGAUCCAGACAGUCCUCCAGAGGAGGUCAGGUAUAUGAUCAUCCGUAAUCCUAAUAAUGGCUUUUUGGCAAUGGGUCACCGUCCACACAUACCUGUUCACCAUUUCACACAAGCUGACAUUGAUAACUCUCAGGUGUGGUUCAUACAAAAUAGAAGCCCAUUCUCCAGAGUGUUUUACUUCAGUGUGACUGUUGGCCAACACUGCCCACUCUACAAGCUCUUCCACCUGGAUGUCAUCCCCAUCUCCAUCACCCUUGUGAUGAGGGUGAUGGACCUCACUGACCUACUUCUCCCACAAGGCCAGACAACCGUUCCCAUCACCAGUGCUCACCUGUCAGCAGUGACCAAUGGGAGGAGCCCCCAAAUCACUUACAAGAUAACAUGGCCCCUCCAACAUGGGUAUCUGCUCGUUGAAAACCAGGUGGUCAUCAGCUUUGGACAGGAGGAUCUGAAUUCAGGAAAGCUCUCUUACCACAUGACAAACCUCACUGCCUCAGAGGACCAGCUACGGUUCUCACUGUUUACAUCAGAAAGCAACCUGACAGGACAGACACUGCGCAUCAGGGUGUAGCCUUUACUGCGGGUUAUGUCAAAUCUGACAGUUGCCAACAGAGUGGCCCAUCAGCUGAGAAGAAAGGACCUUGAUGCUACUGAGCUUGCUAAUAGGACUAACAGUGAUCCCAAAUUUGAAGUGACAGAACCCCCCGUCCAUGGCAGACUUGUACGAAGAGUGGCCCGGGGCACUGCAAUGGAAGACACGACUCUGUUCACUCAGAAGGAUGUUGACCAAGGACUGUUGAUGCUCGAGCCACACGCCAAUCUAACCGGCACUGAUAGGCUGAAUGACUCCUUCACGUUCCUGCUCAGGGCAGCCCACGUACAUCCAGCGACAGGUUGUUUCCCCUUCACCAUAGUGCCACCUGACCCCUUUCUUUUGCAGAAUUUUACCCCUGAUGUUUCUUUACUAGUCACUGCAGAUAACCUUGUGACUUCAGGUCUCUCUCAGGAAAAGCUUGUGGUUUCCUCAGGACCUACAGCACAGACAGGAACUCUGGGGAAGCUGACCCAGACCAGAUGGAAGGAAGCAGAUCCCUGGGGACGACACAGUGGUGAAGAGCCCACUCUGGAUGUCAAGGCCUCUCCCACCAGAGUCAUUUGGCCACCAGAUGCCACCAAAGCCAGCCCUGGGGCACCCACCCAGCCCAGGGAGGGCAGUCUCCUUCUGAUAAUCAUCAUACCAUUGGCAGUGGUGGUCUUCCUGCUAAUAGUAACUGCAGUGGCGUUGUGUGUCUGGCUGCUGGGCCAGAAGACAGAAAAGGCAAAACCUCUUAUUAAGCCCCAGAUCAACCUAGAACCCACACCCCCAGGUCCUAGGCUGGAAAGGAGCAUAGCUGUUCCCACUGUCACAGUGACGGCUCUUCUAAAAAGCUCCAACAGUCCUCCAGUCAGUCUUUUCAGGGCCCCACAAUGUGAGCACAUGGAAAAAUCUCCAGUCAUUGAGCCAGUGGAAAAAUGUGCUCCUUGGGAGACAUGGGUGAAUCUGGAUCCUGACAUGGUCAAGCUCUGCUGACAAACCAACCCAACAUUGAAGCACAACCAGUACUGGGUGUAGACUGAGGGUGCUUUUUCCUUACUGACCACCUGCUGUGUGCCAGGUACUGGGAUACAAAGACAAAGAAAUGCUGGUUGGAUCAACUGAGAAAAGCCCAGCCCUGCCAUCCCUUGGUGUUCUGUUGUAGCUCCAUAGUUAGGUGUUGGCAGGUGUUUACUGUAACUUUUGUACAACACUCAUGUUAUGGGCUGUCCACAAUGAGCUUUGUGUACCCUCUUCUGGACCUGAUGCUCUGAGUAAAGGAGGAGGAAUGAGAGUCUUAACCCAAGGUUGGCUUGAUCACUGUGCAACUGAGAACUGUUAUUAGGCCUGUCCUAAGCAGUGGGGCACUCAGAAGAAGCAGAAUGGCAGUGCUUGAGUUUAUACACACAGAGAGAAGGCUGAGGAGCAUCUUUGCAUCUGGGGCCCUGUCUGACCACUCCAAUUAGAUGACCUCAAUCACUGCAAUGGAUAUAUGUCCUUCUUUCUGGCCACCGAGCAUUGGAACGUCCUUCCUAUGUCUGGGAAAUCUCCCAUUUUAUGAAGUAGAACCCCCUCCAGGGACAGAAGCUGAAAU